AUGUCGACCAAGAAGGAUAUGCGAAGGGCAGACUUGGUGAUUCCAUAUGUCGAGCCACCCGCUGCGAAGAGUGAUACAGAUAUUUCAGGUGCUAUGAGCACAACUUUGCCAAUGGCGGCUAUGUUUACGCGGAACCGUAUGAUUGGAUGGGUCGCCGUUAUUAUCUCAAUCCAAAACUGGUUAUCGGAAAGUCCUGAGCAGAGCAAAAAUGCUGCUACGCCCAGUUAUAUGUCCGUGUUCAUGUCAUUGAUGUCGCUAGGUGUUACAUAUAUGCCACUCUUCUUCCCUACACCAGGCGCUCGCGGCAGCACCACGGCCGCUGCCCCGGCACCAUCGCCGUCCCCAUAA